CCAUUUUGGAUUUUUGUGGAGGUUGAGUUUUGCCGCGCGGUUCUGUCUUCCACGUUGAUAAAUGAAUAUCUGGCUGCUUAGCAACUGUAAUUGUGAUAUAGAUAUUUAAACUGUAGUUUUAGUGAUUUCUGUUUGUAUCUAUUCGUUGCGUCACAUAACACAUUCAAAAUGUUUUGGGGACUAAUAAUGGAACCUAACAAAAGGUACACUCAAGUAGUGGAGAAGCCAUUCCACAUAUCACAGGCAGCUAUGGACAUAUCCACAGGGGAUAAUGACCCAUGCCAGGUGAUGAUUGUAGUGGAUGGCAAGAAUUUCCUUGUAUGCACACUGCAGAAGAACAAGUGCAUUCAAGUGCCUUUGGACUUGUACUUCAAAGCUGGAGACUCUGUUGCAUUCUUGACUAAUGGUAAUUGCAAAUGCAAUGUACACUUAACUGGUUAUUUGGACCCUGAAUUUGAAGAGGAGCCCUCUGAUGAUGAGGAAGAGGAGGAGGAAGAUGAGGAGGAAGCUCCGACACUAGUUCCCGCCAAGGGCAAAAGGAAACUUGAGAAUAGUAAUGAUGCUUCUUCCAGCAAGAAAAAGAAAACUGACAAGAAGGCUGUAGCAGCCGAAAACUCAGAUUCUGAUGAUGACGCUGAUGACGAAGACCAGCUCCGGAAGCUCUUGGAUGGAGAGGAUGUUGAUACUGAUGAGGAUGAUGAGACCUUCAAGGUUAACACGUCAGCUGAGGCAGAUAGUGAUGAUGAGGAAGACUCUGAGGAAGAAGCUGAAGAGGAAGAAGAAGAUAGUGACAAUGAAGAAAAAGACUCGUCAAAGGCAGAUUCUACACUAGAUUCUAGCAAGGGAGAUGUAGACAUGUCUAAGCUCAGCAAAUCUGCUAGACGCCGCCUUAAGAAAAAAUUAGCGCAACAGAACAAGCAACCCCAAGUUAAUGGAGUUGAUCGGUCGAAGAAAGAGAAAGGUGAUGCACCACAGCAGAAAGGUGAGAAAAAGAAGCAAGAUAGCAAGAAGGAAAUAGACACAAAAGAAAAGAGUGGCGAUAAGAAGGAAAAGAAGGCACUCAGUGGAGGUGUGUUCAUCGAGGACAUGAAGGUGGGAGAAGGACCUGCGGCUAAGCCUGGCAAGACUAUCAUGGUAUAUUACGAAGGUAGAUUGAAGCAAAACAACAAGAUGUUCGACAACUGCAAGAAAGGCGCCGGUUUCAAGUUUAGGUUGGGCGCCAAGGAGGUAAUCUCGGGGUGGGAUAUCGGCAUCGCCGGCAUGAAGGUCGGCGGCAAGAGGAAGAUCAUCUGCCCUCCUGGCAUGGCAUAUGGAGCUAAAGGAUCACCACCAGUCAUCCCACCAAACUCUACCUUAGUGUUUGAUGUGGAACUAAAGGAAGUGAAGUGAGAUUUUGACCAGUGAGGCAUUGCACCAGCAAGAGGACAUUUGUUGUGUUUGAAAGUUGUUGGAAAGUUGCCAUGAAGGGAUGCAGUUGACAUGUCUUGUUCUAGUUAUAAUAUGAUGUAUCUCCAAUUGUUGAUUUUUUAUAACAAAAAUUAUCUUUAUGAGACUAUUUUAGUUACACUGCUCUUUAUAUACAGUAAUGGACACAAAAUAAACAUGUCAUUGACAACUUGUCUGUACUGUUUCAUAUGGGCAUUAAGUUUUUACAUUAUGGGAAAACUUCUCAAAGAAACUUUAUUUUUUACAUGAAACACGAAUUUUAUAGCAGUUAAUAAAAAUAUUGCUGGUGCAUCAUAUUCCAUAUAAUAGUAAGUUAGCUUAUAAGAACCCAACAGGACAUCAGUUUGUUUUAUUUUUUAUUUGGUUUUUAUUAAAUUAAUGAACAUUUUUGUCAAUAGUGUUGUAAGAGCUGAAUUUCAGUAAGAAUUUUAGAUAGAGUUAUGAAUAUGAACUGUAUUCGAGUCCAUGAUAGAAUUUGUAACUGACAUAAGAUUGCUAGGCAACAGAAUUUUAGAUUAUGAGUUCUAUCAUAAGACCAGAUUCCGACUAUUAUUUUAAGAAUAUCAAUAAGUUACUAUACACUGUAAACAGCUACAAAAGUAAUAGGUAAACACAACUUGUGUGAAUGAAUGACCUCUUGAAUGUUGAUUGGUUGUAUUGUAUCUGCAUGUCAUUGUAUGGGUUAUUUCAGAUGCAAUAAUAUAUAACAUACAUUAAUCAACAGGUUAGAGAGAACAUUACAAAUUUAAAAAUAAUUUCUUGGUACAACUUAGGCAAGUUUUAUUAAAUUCAAAUUAAAUCCCAGACUUCAGUCAACC